GCAAGGCAAUAAGAAUUUUUCAAGUACACGCAACAUUGCAUUAUUUAAGUUGCCCAAAUUUUCCUCUGCAUCAGAUCAGAACGCAGAUCACUUUACCUUGAUACUUGAUUUGUUAUUCGGCAAAGGCAGUUCCUUCCUUCUCCUCAAGUACUUCGAUGGAAUGCUUGGCUGACAUGGCAAGAGCCAAAGGGACAAAGCCUAUAAGCAUCAAAGCUUGUUCAGAACCCACUAACCAUAUCAGAAGCUCAGAAAACCGGAACAUCUAUGAAAAACUUGGGCAACAGGAACGGGAGAUCACCGACAAGUUACAAACAUUGAAGCUCAAUCAAGCCAAGCUACACAAGAAACGGAAGUCCAUCAGCUGGUAUGGCCACGGAUAUUAUCCGUCUAGCACAAAAGAAGACAUUGACCGGAAAUUGUGGGUGAUAAGGGAUCUAAAACAAUCUCUUCCCGAGCCAACGGAUUCAAAGAAACCAGGCCACAGAAAAAAUACCCACCUCUGUUCCCCAGAAGAAAUCCUACUCAAUGAACAGCUUGUGAAGCUACAUAAAGGGAGACUUCAUGGAAGUAUGAAUUUAGUCGAGGAGAGGCUGCUUCUUCAGAAAAUUGAGAAGGCCAGAGAAGAGAAAGAAAAGAUCUGCAGUGAUGCCGUUCCAGCGAAACAAGCACCUUAUAUAUUCAUGUACCUACAUAACUAUAAAAGGCUAAUGAACACGUCCCGGGGGUAUACUAAUCAGUACUCAGAAGAAGCUAUUAGGCAUUGCAUAAAGGUUUUAUCCAAUCAAGUGGAAGAGCUGAGAAUGAAGAAAAUGAGAUAUGAAGCGUAUAGAAAUCGUUUGGUUCUUGAACAAGCCGCUACAGAAGAGGAGAUAAGGAUUUUUGAGAGAAAGCUGGAGAACAUUAAGCAAAAGAAGGUCGAAUUAGCUUCCAAAUCCCAAGCUAUAUAAGCUCGAAGGACGUAUAGAGCUUAUGAUGGAUGUCUGGAAUUUGAGACAGCUGCUAAUGAGAAGGAGAUCAGAACUUUAGGGAAGAAAGUGGAAAAUAAUAAGCAAAGAAUGUUCAAAACCAUUAAUGUAUUACGAAUUCAUUUGUGUAUUAAGAGAUCAUCAGAAAGCAGCAUUUAACCUCAUCUCAGUCAAAAAGUCUAUUGUUAUGAUCUCCCACUCCAAGCAACAACCAUUAUGUUUAAACUUUGUUUCUUCAUUC